CGCCUUCAAACCUUUCUAGAUCGGGUAAAAAAGAGACGGGAGAGAGAAGGAAGGAACAGACAUAACGUGAUCUGAGAAACAGUGAGUGGUAAACAGAUAGAACAAACAGUGACAUCAUCAUAACAGUGACUCCCCCUACACACAAGACUCCUUCAAAAAAAAAUAGUGUAAGAGACAAGAGAGAGAAGGAACAGUGACGUAACGUGAGCCUAUCUUCCCCCUACGUCACAACACGCUCUAUUAUCUUAACCUUAUCGGCGUCGCGGUAUUAGUGGGGCUUAGCGUUAAUCCCUCCUCCCCCUAGCGGCACAAAACACCCUGAGCCACCACCCUCCAGCUCCAUGGCGCUCCCUGAUCCCAUGAUGGUCUUGUGCGGGGUGGAUCCAGAACGGCGCGCGAGCAAGGAGUUGGAAAAGAAAAUCUCGCUAUGGAUGAAGGAGUACAACAAGGCGAUCAAGAUCCUGCUCCUGGGAGCGGGGGAGUCCGGCAAGACCACCAUCAUUAAGCAGAUGAAGAUCCUGCACAUCAACGGCUUCUCCAAGGAAGAGAAAGAGGAGAAGAAACAGGACAUCCGCAGCAACGUUCUGGAGGGCAUCACCACCCUGACGAGGCAGCUGGAUAUCUUGGACGUGGAUCUGGGCAACCCGGAGAACCAGGACGCGAAGGACUACAUACUGGCCAUCAACACCGAGGACUUCACCUUUUCGCAGGAGUUUUACACGUACACGGAGAGGCUGUGGCGGGACUCUGGCAUACAAAAAGUGUUCAGCCUGCAGCACAAAUUCCAGCUCAUCGACUGUAUCAAAUACUUUCUGGACAAAGUGGCGGAGGUACGACGACCUGAUUACGAACCAACCGUGCAGGACAUCCUACACAGUCGCCGAAGAACCACCGACAUCCAGAAAAUCGAGUUCGAGGUUCGGGUGCCCAAGAAGUACGGAGGAGGGUCGCUGAACUUCUGGAUGUUCGAUGUGGGAGGCCAGCGAGGCGAGAGGAAGAAGUGGAUACAGGUGUUCGACGGCAUUCAGGCGGUGUUGUUCCUGGUGUCGGCGAGCUGCUUCGACCUGGUGAUUCGGGAGGACCAGGAGACCAACCGCCUGCAGGAGUCCAUCAACAUUUUCAAGAGCGUGUGGCACUCCCGGUUCCUCAAGAAUUCCGGGUUCAUCGUCUUCCUCAACAAGCAAGACAUCCUGAAGGAGAAGGUCGGGUCCGGAAAGAACAUAGGCGACCACUUCCCAGAGUACGCCGACUACAAGCUGGAAGACAAAGAUCGAGUUGAUGGCGAGGACGAAGAGUAUUUGAGGACUCGCUGCUUCAUUAGGGAGAGAUUUUUGGCCAUAUCGAGGGAGGAGGUGAAGGCCGUGGAGCGUAAGGUGACCCCGGGAGGCCCGCUAAUCCUGGACGAGGAGAGGCCACGAGAGUGCUAUUGCCACUUCACCGUCGCCACUGACACCAACAACGUGAGGAUAGUGUUCGAAGACGUGCAUAACAUGAUCAUCAAGUGGAACCUCGAGAAGAUUGGCGUCCCUGUGUCUUAGAGGGUGGAGUGAGGCGUGGCGUUAUAAGGAGAAAAGGAGGAUGAGGACUAUGGAAAAAGGUAUAUUUGAAGAGGAGGAUAAAGAGGUACCGUGGAAGAAGAGGAAGAUGAGGACAAUGCGUGAUGAGUUAAAAGGAAGAAGAAGAAAGUAAGAGUGGGAGCGAAAAGUGAUAAAUAAAAACAGGAGAAUACGAAAAGAUACCGUGGAAGAAGAGGGAGAUAAGGGCAAUGAAAAGGGAUGAAUUGGGAGAAGAGAGUAGGAAUAGGUACUGUAGAAGAGGAGGAAGAUAAGGGCAAUGAAAGGGGAUGAAUUGGAGGAGGAGAACAAGGAAAGUUACCGUAGAAGAGGGAAGUAAAAACAUCAACGGAAAGUGAUGAAAUUCAAGGGAAUAAAGAGUUACUAUGGAAGAAGAGAGGAAGAUAAGGGCAAUGAAAAGGGACGAACUGGAAGAGUAGAAUAUGAAAGGGUACCGUAGAAGAAGAGGAAGAUAAAGAUAACAAUGAAAAGAGAUGAAAUAAGAAAGAAGAAUAGGGAAAGGGAAGUUAAGGAAGAUAAGGACAAUGAAAAAGAAUAAAUUAGAAGAUAAGAGAGAGAGAAAAAAAGAAUGUAAAUGGUUGAAUCUUAAGAGGGGAAUAUGAAAAGGAAAUUAUAA